AUGGAUUCAAGUAAAGAAAGUAAACGGAGGAAAGAUAAACACAGCGAUGAUGAGGUAGAGAAACGCAGAGAUAAGAAGUCAAAAAGAGCACGAACCAGGUCUAGAUCUCCUGUGCAAAGUCGUGAAAAAGAUUCUCGACGUAAGCGUAAACAUUCCAGGUCAAAAUCACCUCAAGUUUCAGUAAAACAGGACAGAUUUGAAAGAGAACCUGAAGUGAAAAAAGAAGCACCGGUGCGUCGUGCAAGGGAAACAGAUAUGUUAAACACACGAACCGGUGGGGCUUAUAUACCGCCCGCAAAACUUAAGAUGAUGCAAGCUCAAAUUACGGACAAAACCUCGGCGGCAUAUCAGAGACUUGCCUGGGAAGCUCUAAAGAAAUCAAUACAUGGUCACAUCAAUAAGAUCAACGUAGGCAACAUUGGAAUUAUAAUCAAGGAGCUUCUCAAAGAGAAUAUUGUCCGUGGAAGAGGUUUAUUAUGUAGGUCAAUCAUACAAGCUCAAGCUGCAUCUCCCACAUUCACUAAUGUUUAUGCUGCUUUAGUAGCAGCUGUUAACUCCCGUUUUCCUAAUAUUGGUGAACUGCUUCUCAAGAGGUUAGUUAUCCAGUUUAAAAGAGGUUUUAAGCGCAAUGAUAAACCUACAUGCAUAUCAUCAGCCUCUUUCAUAGCUCAUCUUGUGAACCAACGAGUGGCACAUGAAAUUCUAGCAUUAGAACUACUUACAUUACUCGUUGAGACACCAACUGAUGAUUCUGUUGAAGUGGCGAUAGCAUUUCUCAAGGAAUGUGGACAAAAACUCACUGAGGUGUCUUCUAAAGGUGUAAAUGCUAUAUUUGAAAUGUUAAGAAACAUUCUUCAUGAGGGUCAACUGGAUAAGAGAGUGCAAUACAUGAUAGAAGUCAUGUUCCAAGUGUGGAAAGAUGGGUUCAAAGACCAUCCAUCACUGAUAGAAGAGCUGGAAUUAGUCCCUGAAGAGGAACAGUUUACACAUCUAUUGAUGUUGGAUGAUGCUACGGAUCCACAGGACAUCCUGAAUGUAUUCAAAUUUGAUGACAAGUAUGAAGAGAACGAACAAAAGUAUAAAACCUUGAGUAAGGAAAUAUUAGGCUCUGAUGCUGAAUCAGGCGAAGAAGGUAGUACUGGAGAAAGUGGUAGUGAGGAUGAAGACGAAGAAGAUGAAGAAUCUGAACAAAAAGAAGUUACAAUAAUUGACAAUACAGAGACAAAUCUUGUAGCAUUACGCAGAACGAUAUACCUGACUAUUAACUCGAGUUUAGACUUUGAAGAAUGUGCGCAUAAACUUAUGAAGAUGCAGUUAAAACCUGGUCAAGAGGUGGAACUGUGUCACAUGUUUUUAGAUUGCUGUGCUGAACAGAGGACAUACGAGAAGUUCUACGGAUUACUUGCUCAGCGGUUCUGCAACAUAAACCGUAUCUACAUUGGUCCUUUUGAGGAGAUUUUCAAAGAUUCAUAUGCUACUGCACAUAGGUUGGAUACCAAUAGACUAAGGAAUGUUAGCAAGUUCUUUGCACAUUUGUUGUUUACAGACUCAAUAAGUUGGGAAGUACUAGAUUGUGUAAAGUUGAAUGAAGAGGAUACAACAAGUUCCAGUCGUAUUUAUAUAAAGAUAUUGUUUCAAGAGCUUGCAGAGUACAUGGGGUUGAAGAAGUUGAAUGACCGGCUGAAAGACCCGACCCUGCAGGAUGCUUUCUCCGGCCUAUUCCCUAGAGACAACCCCAAAAACACAAGAUUUUCUAUCAAUUUCUUUACCUCUAUCGGUUUGGGAGGUCUCACAGAUGAGCUGAGAGAGCAUUUGAAACAAAUGCCUAAGAAUGUACCACCACCGUUGACAGAGAUCAAGAUAGAUAGUGAGUCCAGUUCAGAUUCCAGCUCAGACUCCAGCAGUUCUAGUUCAGACUCUUCAUCUUCAAGCGAUUCUAACUCUAGUGACGAGGAAAGUGUCAAUUCUAAAAGGAAAAAAGACAAAUCUAAAAAGAAAAAGAAAGAAAAGGAACAACCAACGCUGGCAGAAGCGGUUGCUAAAGAGAAGGAUGAAAGAUGGGGACACGAUGGUUUCUAUGACACAUAUGGGCAAGACGCUAGAAGAAUGGAGUCUAGACCUGAUAAGCGAGAUAGAGAAGAUAUAACACGAUCUCGAGACAGAAGAAAUGACCAAAGAAAUAAUGAUCACGAUAGAGACCGGAGAAGUGAGCAUCUGGAAAAAGAAAAUGAUGAUUUUAGACGUAACAGAAGUAGAGAUGACUAUAGACAGCGUAUGGAUGAUGAAAGGCAACAGAGAGAUGACGGCAGAGAUCAUUAUGGUGAUGAUGAAAAAGGCCGCAAAGGUGACAAAAGAAGCCGCUAUAAUGAAAGGGAUCGUAAAGAGUUUCGUGAAGAUGUUCGAAACCAUAACGAUGAAGACAGGUUACGUAGAGAUGAAGAUCGUCAUACCAGAUAUUAUGAUCAAAGAAUACCCAGAAGUGAUGACAGAGAAAGUUUAAGAAAAGACGACAGAGGAAGACAAGUUGAUAAAACACACAGAGAUGAUAAAGUUUCAAAAGGUACAGAAAAAAAUAAAAAAGAUGAUGCUAUUGAUGAUGAGAGGAUUAGGCAAAGACGAAUAGAAAGAGGAGUAAGAGAAGAUGAUAGAGCAUAUAGACGAGAAGAAAGGAGAACAAGGGAAGAUGAUAGGGCACAUAGACGAGAAGAAAGGGGAACAAGAGAAGAUGAUAGAGCAUAUAGACGAGAAGAAAAGGGAACAAGAGAAGAUGAUAGGGCACAUAGACGAGAAGAAAAAGGAGCAAAAGAAGAUGAUAGAGCAUAUAGACGAGAAGACAAGGGAACAAGAGAAGAUGAUAGGGCACAUAGACGAGAAGAAAAAGGAGCAAAAGAAGAUGAUAGAGCAGAUAGACAAGAAGAAAAGGGAACAAGAGAAGAUGAUAGGGCACAUAGGCGAGAAGAAAAAGGAGCAAAAGACGAUGAUAGAGCAGAUAGACGAGAAGAAAAAGGAGCAAGAGAAGAUGAUAGAGCAUAUAGACGAGAAGAAAAGGGAACAAGAGAAGAUGAUAGGGCAUAUAGACGAGAAGAAAGGGGAACAAGGGAAGAUGUUAGGGCACACAAAGGUGAUAAUAAAGACGACAGGGUUCGAAAAGAUGUACAGAAAAAUAGCAGAGAACAAAAGGAUGACAAAGGACAAAAAGAUGAAAGAGAGGCCAGAAGUGGCGAUAAAAGACGAAAAGAAGAAACGGAAGAUGAUAAAGAGGGUAAGAAACUGACGAAAGACAAAACUGUGCAUGAUAGUAAUCGUAGGAACAGUAAAGAUGAUGAAAAAAUGCGAUAUAAUCGUGAAGAAAAUAGUUCUAAAUCUAGAAGAAAAGAGAAUGAAGAAGAAAGUGACAGAGACCAAAACGACAAAGGUAGAAAACACGACGACCAAAGUGACAGUGACGACGAACAGUACGAUGAUGAAAAACGAAAAUCUAAGAAAUCACAUAAAACUAAAAGCAAGAAAGAAAACAAAGUCAAAAAAGAAAAAAAGAAAGUUAAGGAAAAAUAA